GAGAAAUGUGAGUCGGGGGGUUGGACUAGGCCGGAUCCGGCGUUAGAGCGGGGGCCCGCAGGCGGCCCGCGCGGGCGGGGACUGGGGCGGCAGUCCGCGGGCGCGAGCUCAGGGCGCCUCCGGGGUCCUCACUCCGCUCCCCACGCGCUGUGACUCCAUUUGUUGCACGUGCAUGUUCAGGUCGAGAGAGGGAUGCGACGUGUUCGGGGAGCAGCCCACCUUGUGGGUGGCCAAUCUGGGACGGGAAUCUUAAACUUUUGACUCUUGGUGCAAAGACUGAUCCACUGGCGGCUUUACGGGACAGGGAAAAAAGUAUGUGAAGCUUGCCACGGUCUCGAGACCGAGGUCACACGUUAGCAGCCCGCCGGCUACAUUUGGACCAUAGACGCAGAGUGCCCCCAAACCUAGAGGACCUCGAGUAUGAGAUUCUUGGCGUGGACCAGGCCUUUUCGCUCAUUCAACAGGCGUUCCUACCCGGGCACUGCAUCGACCCUGCACUUGAGGACAGCUUUUGGGUCAGGGGAAUUGGUGCCUGGAGUGAGACUGCUCUCUGCUUUCAGGGCUCCAGCUGUAUCCCUACAUUGCUCAGGCAAUUCCUCUCUCUAGGUCUCAGCUUCUUCAUCUGCAAGAUGAAAGAUGGCGCUCCCGACGCUGCCGUCCUACUGGUGCAGCCAGCAGCACCUGAAUCAGCAGCUAGCACGACAGCGAGAGCAGGAGGCCCGGCUUCGGCAGCAGUGGGAGCAGAAUAGCCGUUACUUCAGGAUGUCUGACAUCUGCAGCUCCAAACAGGCAGAGUGGAGCUCUAAAACCUCCUACCAGCGGAGCAUGCAUGCCUAUCAGCGUGAGAAGAUGAAAGAGGAGAAGAGGAAGAGUCUGGAGGCCCGACGGGAGAAGCUCAGGCAGCUCAUGCGGGAGGAGCAGGACCUGCUGGCCAGAGAACUGGAGGAGCUGAGGCUGAGCAUGAACUUGCAGGAAAGAAGAAUCCGGGAGCAGCACGGGAAGCUGAAAUCAGCCAGAGAAGAGCAGAGGAAACUGAUUGCUGAACAACUUUUGUAUGAACACUGGAAAAAGAACAACCCGAAACUUCGAGAGAUGGAGCUGGACCUUCACCAGAAGCAUGUCGUAAACUCUUGGGAAAUGCAGAAAGAAGAAAAAAAACAGCAAGAAGCCACCGCAGAGCAAGAGAACAAACGGUAUGAAAAUGAAUACGAAAGGGCCCGAAGGGAGGCGAUAGAACGGAUGAAAGCUGAAGAGGAGAGGAGGCAGCUGGAGGACAAGCUCCAGGCCGAGGCACUGCUGCAGCAGAUGGAGGAGCUGAAGCUGAAGGAGGUGGAGGCGACCAAACUAAAGAAGGAGCAGGAGAAUCUGUUGAAGCAGCGGUGGGAGCUGGAGAGGCUGGAGGAAGAGCGGAAGCAGAUGGAAGCCUUCCGGCAGAAGGCAGAGCUGGGGCGCUUCUUGAGACAUCAGUAUAACGCUCAACUCAGCAGACGCACACAGCAGAUCCAGGAGGAGUUGGAGGCAGACAGGCGGAUCCUGCAGGCCCUCCUCGAGAAGGAGGAUGAGAGCCAGCGCCUCCACCUGGCCAGGCGGGAGCAGGUCAUGGCCGAUGCGGCUUGGAUGAAGCAGGCCAUUGAGGAGCAGCUGCAGCUGGAGCGGGCGCGGGAGGCAGAGCUGCAGAUGCUGCUGAGGGAGGAGGCCAAGGAGAUUUGGGAAAAGAGAGAGGCAGAGUGGGCCCGAGAGCGCAGCGCACGGGACAGACUGAUGAGCGAGGUUCUGACAGGGAGACAACGGCAAAUACAAGAGAAGAUUGAGCAGAACCGACGGGCACAAGAGGAAUCCCUGAAACACAGGGAGCAACUUAUUCAAAAUCUUGAGGAGGCGAGAGAGUCGGCUCGUCGCGAAAAAGAGGAGAGUGAAGAGCUGAAAUCGGCCAGGAAGCAGGAGCUGGAAGCCCAGGUUGCAGAGCGCCGGCUGCAGGCAUGGGAAGCAGACCAGCAGGAGGAGGAGGAAGAGGAGGAGGCCCGGCGGGUCGAGCAGCUCUCUGAUGCCCUGCUGCAGCAGGAGGCGGAGACUGUGGCCGAGCAGGGCUACCGGCCUAAGGUAGGAAGUCUGCCAGGAGACAGGCCAGCGAGACACCCUGCCCAGCCCCUGCUGCCCUGGGCCUGCUCAUCGCCCCGCGCCAGGCUCUGCUCUCCGGCCUUCCGGGUUAUUCCUUGUUCCUCUUCUCUUGUAUUCCUCUCUUCCCUGACCAGCAGGGAGCCCUGACACAGGGGCUGUUCCAGUCCUUGGUGGGCCUCAAACCUUGAAGUGAUUUUGCUCUGGCCUUGCCUACUAAGCUGCAUGCCUGUCCACCCUCUUUGAGCAAUCUAAGAAGAGCUGUGGCCACAGCUGCUGAGAGGGGUCAAAGCAGUAGAUCUAGGCCUCAGCUGUUGAGACAGCGAAGCCCGGUGAACAAGAGACCGGUCCUCCUCCUCACCUCCCCUCCCUCCCUCCUGUGGGUGUCCUCCUCCUCCCCUCCCUCCCGUGUGUGUAUCUGUUUCUCUGCCUCUCAGUGUCUUUGUUCCCGGACCUGUCUGCACAGCACCAUGGGGAGCACAGAGAAGCAAAUGCUGCCUUCUCUGUCCUGAGGAAGCUGAUGACUGAAGCACCUCCGCUGCUGGCUUGUCCCCUCUGCCCUCCUUUACCCAGGGCCACCCUGGCCACCGGGUGCCUAGAGUGCAUUCCCCAGGACACAUGCUGCAGAAUGAGGGCUGGCUCCCUUGUGGUCAGAUGACACUGGGAAACUGAGUGAAACGUAAUUAGAGCAGGUGCUGCGUUUGCCAUAGGCCACUCGCCCUCAAACACUGACUCUCACAGUCGCCGGGAACAGCAUUUCCUAAACCCACUUGGCCGUGGAUCAGUGAGAGUGUUGGGGUCAGGGUUUCACAGAUCAUAUGUGAAAGUGUUUCUUAGGGCUAGUACUCAAAACCAAAAAGAUAUCAAGUGCCUCAUUUAUGGCUUAGGGUCAGACUUUUUCAGCUGGAAAUGAAACAGCCAUUUAUAUUGUUCUUUUAGCUUGUAGUUAAAACAAGGCUAAUUCCUCAUGCUCCAGAUACUACUGAUCUGAUAACUCUUAUGUUUUCUUUCUUUUCUCAGCCUUACGGACAUCCAAAAAUUGCUUGGAACUGACUUCAUGGGUACCAUAAGUACAGAGAACAAGGGAUGCUGAGGCUUCUGAUCCCAGCCACCAGGCAGUUUUACAGGGCUCUGUUACAGUCAGUGCCCGAGGCACUGUCAGAUGGCUCAGCAGUGCCUGCUUAGGUUCAUCAUUGAAAGCAUCCAGUGUUUGGCCGGACAUUAAGGUGUUGUGGUCUGCAGCACCUGGUGAGAGGCCCUUUCAUGCCUUUCUUACCCAGGCAAGGGUCUUUGAUGGGCACGUGUUUACAGCGCUGCCGCAUAGUCUUUUAAUAUAUUAACAGUCACAUCAACUCAAGGUCAAUACUAAGAGCCACAGGUUGUACCUGUGAUGGGGCACAUGGUUUCCUGUUGUCUCACCUUUAAUUGUCAAUCUCCAGUGUUGACUCUAGAAAUAUGAGGAAAGCUUUUCAGUUUUUAAAAUUGCCAUUUAAAUUUAGUCUAUUAAAAAUAAACCUAGAGGUCUUGGUGCA